CAGGUCAGCGUGUCUCUUUUGCAACUCGACACAAAACAGCGACGAAGCAGGAAGAAACGAUCUCUUCGAGCCGGCAGCCCAUCAGCCCCUGCCGUGGGCACCAUGGAUCUUAUCAAUGCCUUGGCCCCCUCGUCUUUGUUGAAGUCGGUCUCCAAUGCGGGUUCGGAAAUCUCCCGCCGGGUCUGGACCCCGAGCCCUCCGCCCCAACGGCCGUUCCGGGUGUGCGAUCACAAACGCAACAUCCGCAAAGGACUGAUGGCAAGCACUUUGGAAGACUUACUUAACAAGGCCAGGGAGACCCUCUUGAUCUCCGGCAUGGUUUUCUUGGUGCUGGAAGAAGAUGGGACCCUGGUUGAGACGGAGGAAUUUUUCCAAAUCCUGGAAGACAACACAGCCUUGAUGGUGUUGCAGAAAGGACAGAAGUGGACUCAUGGCAAGAGCCUCAGUCGUUCGUUCGGCCUGAGCGGAGACAAGCCACGAAACAGCAAGGAUAUCGCCCGCAUCACGUUCGACGUUUACAAGCUGAACCCGCGAGACCUUUUUGGCAGCCUGAACAUCUCGGCCACCUUCUACGGCCUCUACUCGAUGAGUUGCGACUUCAAAUGCCUGGGACCCAAGAAGGUUUUGCGGGAGAUCCUGCGGGUGGCAUCCACCGUCAUGCAAGGCGUCGGGCACGUCCUUUUGGGGGCGUCCAACUACAUCCGCCGGCUCCUGGACGCGGGGGACAACUGGCACCCCCAAGUCAAGAUAACCAACUAUCAAUAUUGAGGCCUCCUGCCCCGCAAACCGCCGGAGAACCUCCCGGCUUCGAACUUGAUCUCAAGGGAACCCACUUGAUUCGGGAAUCAGAUUUAAAGGAUAUUUAAACCAGGGGUGAAAUCUACUUAUCUUCCCAACCGGUUCGGAAGUGCGCGCGCGCAAACUUUUCUGCGCACGCGCAGAGGGUAAAAAACAGGUAACGACGACCGGGGUGGAUGGGUGGGCAGAGCCUCGCGUUGCCAUCGCUACCGGUUCUUCAAACUACCGGCAGCCAUCGCUACCGGUUCUCCGAACCACCCACUACCAUCGCUGCCGAACCGGGCUGAACCGGGAGCAUUUCACCCCUGAUUUAAACCAAGGAUAAUCUUAUCUGCAGAUUUCUGUCCCCUUUUCAAAGGUGAAGAGGGAUUGAUCCAGGCUGGCAAGCAGCAUACGAGCGCUUCAGAAUCUCCUCAGAAAAGAGCUUUUUGUAGGACUGCAAAACCCAUCAUCCCUGGCAUUACGGUCACAAUAAACCGCCUUUACGGGGCAAUCAGGCUUGACAAAACUGGCCGACUGACCCGUAUCCAGCAGUGUGGGGCUCUAAUCAGCACGUUUAAGGCAUAAUCUUUUGCUUGCCAAUGUUGGGCCUGUAGAGCCUCCAGCUCAGCUACCACUCUACCUGCAUUUAACUGGGAAAGCGGAACUUACGACCAUUCGCUCAGUCACUAAUUAAUACUUCCACAAGUAGUUCAGUGAACAAGUUGAAACUCACAACGGUUCAUUUAGUGCCGAGUUACGACGGCACUGGGGAAAAAAAAUCUGAUUUAUGACCAGGUCUCGUAUUUAUGACCGUUGCACCAUUCAUUCCCUACCGUUACAAAAUCAAAAUCCAGGCGCUUAGCAACCAGCAUUUACAGGUCGUCCUCAACUUACGACCACAAUUGAGCCCAAAACGUAUGUUGCUAAGUGAGUUUGGUCUCAUUUUAUGACUUCUCUUGCCCCAGCUGUGAAAUGAAUUGCUGCAGGUGUUAAAUUAGUAACACAGUUGUUAAGUGAAUCGCAUUUCCCCAUUGAAUUUGCUUGUCAGGCCGCAAAAGGGGAUCAGGUGACCCCGGGACACUGCCACCGUCAUAAAUAUGAGUCAGUUGCCAAGCAGCCGAAUGUAAAAUCAUAGGAUGCUGCAAUGGCCACAAGUGUGAAAAAGUCACUUUUUUUAGUGCCGUUGUUAAUGCCGAAUGGUCACUAAGCGAACUGUCGUAAGCCGAGGACUAUCUGUAUUUAUGACGGUUGCAGUGUCCAUAUGGGAUCGUCAUCUGCAACCUUCCCAACCGGCUUCUGGCAAUGGGAAAGCUGGAUUCGCUUAGGGACUGCAUGCUUCAUUCAACGGCAGCGAUUCCUUUAACAACCAGGGCCAAAAAAAUAAUAAUAAAGUGUUAAAAUCAGGCGUGACUCGUUUAACGACCGCCUUAUCAACAGAAAUUUCAGUCACAAAUUACGGCCGUAAAUUGAGGACUACCUGUAUUGCAAGGACCUACACUGUGCCUCUUAUUCCUGCUGGUCAAUAUUUAGUCCGCUGAUAAUGGCUCCUAGUCCAACUUCCUACUUAAGACUUACGGACUUCGACUCCCAGAAUUCCCCAGCCAGCCUCCAUGCUGGCUGAGGAAUUCUGGGAGUUGAAGUCCACCCAUCUUCAACUUACUAAGGUUCCUAACAGCCAUAUUGGCUGGGGAAUUCUGGGAGUUGAAGUCCACCCAUUUUAAAGCCACUUAAGGUUGCUAACUCCCAUGCUGGCUGAGGAAUUCUGGGAGUUGAAGUCCACAAGUCUUAAAGUUGCCAAUUUACGAGAUUUAAACCCUGAUUUAAACCAUGGUUGUCAAACUCAAUUUCAUGGGGGGGGGAGGCCUGGGGGGGCGUGGCUAGUUUGGCACCACUCCCCAAACUGCUGGCAUGUUUCCUCUUCACACUGGGUAGACCAGGAUCGGAUCAAACCAUGUAGGCCGCAUCCAGCUUGCAGGCCUUGAUUUCGACAGGCCUGAUUUAAACCAGCAUUUCAAGGUUAGAGGAAGCUGUGGGCAAACGCAGAUUGUCCAACCAAUUUGUCUGCCUCAAAAGCAAGACAUGACAGCUGCCUGCAAACAAUUAAUUGCCUUUAAUACCUGCAAAAAUAUAAAUAAAUAUCCAUCUGAGAAUAGAGUCAAGUUAAGGCGGUGCCUGGAGCCAUUUUAAAACCUCCUGUCUUUUUCUUUCUUUCUUUCUCUUUCCUUCUUUCCUUCCUUCCUUCCUUCUUUCUCUCUUUCUUUCUUUCUUUCUUUCUCUUUCCUUCCUUCCUUCCUUUCUUUCUUUCCUUUCUUUCUCCUUCCUUCCUUUUUUCUUUUUUCUUUCUUUUUCUUUUCUUCCUUUUCUUUCCUUCCUUCCUUUCUUUCUUUUCUUUCUCCUUUUCUUUCCUUCCUUCCUUCCUUCCUUCUCUUUCUUUCCUUCCUUUCUUUUCUUUCUCCUUCCUUCCUUCCUUUUCUUUCUUUCUUUCUUUCUUUUGGACUACAGUUCCCAUCACGAGCUAUCCAAGAGCGACAGGAACGAUUCCUAUCCCAUCCACAUCCCUGAGGGCGAAGGAGACUUUUUUCAAAGGCUCUUCUGGGCAGAUUCAGGCAGGGCGUGAAACACAAAGCCCGCCUAAGGAGCUAGUCCUCUUGAUCCCAUCGGUCGACCAAAAAAAAAUUAAAUUAAAAAAAUUAAAAAUAAAAUCCCGCCUUUGGCCAACCAAACCCCAGUUCAAUCCUCCAGGAUCUCGGCGAAAAGAUCCCUCCGUUUCUUCUCCGCUUGCUGGUGGCUGUCCCAGUCCCGACGGCGUUUGAGGAAAUGGGUCAAGGCGAAGUUACGGACGAGGUGGUGGCCGAAGGGGUCGUGUCGCAGCUGGGGCUCGUGCUCCGCUGGGAAGAGAGGGAAAAGAGAAGGUGGGGGGGAAGCUAAAAUUUGAGGAAUGACUGCAGGGCACAAAUAAAAUCUCUGUGAAAUCGA